CUCGUGUGUGGCACAGCAGAACGGGCAUCCGGGCAUACCGAGCAAGACUUUAGGAUGAGCAGAGAUCAUGGUGCAAAUGGCCAACCAUAGUGAUGUCAAACCGGGUAUGCACCUUUAACAUUUUACUCAUAUCCUUUGGGAACGGUGAUUUGGGGUGAUUACCUUGUUCAGUUCAACAAUAUGCAUGCGUUCAAUGGUGACCGAAAGGGAGAACAAGCCGCCUUUGCUGGGCAAGAUAGUGAGCAUGCGGGAACCGCAUAUCAAGCAGAUACUCAACAAAAUGAUUCACAAAUGCUCAGCGCUCCGCAAGUCAAGCAAGAAAUUGGAGAUGACGUGGUGAUUGAUUGGAAACAAUCGCGAACUGAAGCUUGGGCACAAGCACCUCCUAGCAUACAUCAAAGCCCUCUCCCGGCUAGCACAACAACAGAAGAGAAAGAAAAGCGGAGCCUUUCCCCCGACUCUGUACAAUCUGCAGUCGAGAAAAAGCUACGUCUGGAGUUUGAAGAUCUUUCCGAUGAUGAAGGCGAAACCCCCACACCUGCGUCCUCUGUAGCGGGAACUCCGGUUGCUACAUCUCUGUCAUCUGACGAAACCGAACUCGUUCAUGGUCUUGAACGUCUCCUCCAAGUAUAUGAUCCAGACCGAGACGCAUCUCAGGACGAACAAGCACUUUACGACAAGCUUUACAACUGGAUGGAAAGGAGGAUGACGAUGGACGCAAGGUUCAUACCAUGGAAACCCGACACAACAGAAGAGCAGGCACUAUAUUCCCCAAGCAUAUUACACAGCUCGCGCGCAGGUCGAUUUCAUUACUUCAAAUCCCGUCGACAGUCUGUCAAGAAAUAUGCGGAACCCGCCACCGCGCUACUGAUUGGUAAUCUUGCCUGGAAAUGGCGAAAGCCUGAUGCUGCAGGUCUCCAAGAACAAACAGAACCCAAUAUCAUUAUAUCAGGAACUGAAGGCAACGUCACGAUGAUCAGAGAAGGCACCUCGGCCGAGGAUUUCGUCUAUGAGACAAAGGGGGACACCAUCACGACAAUGGCUGUCCACAAGAUUUUCGCGCACAGUCCUCUUGACCUAAUUACUGGGGAUGCCGAUGGAAACAUCAAGUUGAUUUCUCAGCAAAGGGUGUUGGUGAAGCAUACGCUGGGGGCUGCAGUAACGUGCAUCGAGGUCGUCAAUAGUAUGGCAAACAGUACCUAUAUCGUUGCAGGAGAUUCCAGUGGAGUUGUCACCGCAUUUGAUUUCAUUGAGCGACUCUGGCAGGUGCGAGUAGGCGGGUUGCAAACAGCUCCCGAUCACAACUCAAUGGAUUACAACCCUGGCAUCACUGCCAUUCUCUCCCUCAAACUCUAUGACCCAUACGGCAUGCGCAACAGCAUUCUCCUUGUCUGUGACGGCGCACCGCAUAUUCACGUCUUUCAAGGGGACCAACGGAUCUUGACAAUGGGUCUUCCAUCGAGUGUUACUUCGAUGUUUAAAGGGUACUUCUCCUAUCGUAGUUCACCAAUAGAUACACUCAUCCCAAAAGCAGCUCUUACAUCACCACGUUCACACCCCCAAGUCCUUAUGGCUACCGACCAAGGAGAAAUAUUGAUCAUGGACGGCUGGCUCAAUAUCCGUCGAUACAUUGCUCUCGACACCUGCGUAAGGAAACUUAAAGGCUUCAGGUUGGAAUCGCAAACAAAAGACGAUACCGAUUAUAUCGCCGUCGUUGGACACUUUUGCGAUAUGAACGUGUUCAAAGAUGGAAAGCAUAUAUAUUCCCUUCCGACGCAUGAUUGGAUUCACGAUUUCGACAUUAUUUCUCUUCCCGAUGAUCCAGAUGGCGUGCGAGUAGGAGUCACACUACUAGAUGGGCAUGUCCAGACCUAUAGGAUGCUUAAAUCGGAGGGCAAAGCGGCAGGAGAUAACUCAGACAUGGAUGUGGACGACGAGGAGGAGGAAGGGGAGAUUUUGGAAUAGCCAAAUGCCACGGUGAUAUGAUUCAAUGCCUAUGUACAAAAUGGGUGUGUACAAAACCCCUACGAGAACUCAAGUCACAAAGUCACUAUAACAAUGCAACCAGGACUCUCCGUGCGAGAACUCCAAUUUCGUCAUCUGCAUGCCCCGUCACAGCCCCCUCAACGGCUUUCCUGAUUCGUGGAUCUUUGAACCUGCCGUCAUCACUUACAGCCACGCAUGCAGCAAGCAGUUUGAGAGCCGACAUUUGGACCUGUAUGUUGAAUAGAGAGAGAAAAGGCGCGGUCAAUGGCGAUCCGUUCGCUCGCUAAGCGUUGGCUUCGACUGAGAUGGGCACUUACGAUAUCAAAUGGGCUUUCCAAACCAUGCAAACAAGCCUCCGCUAGAUCCUCCAAGAUACCAGCAAUAUCAGUCGGUUUCUGAUGUGACCCAUGCGUGUAGACGUACACGAUAUGAAAGAGCGUCUGCGAGCACAACCAGACGGAUGUGAGAGGAAACACUACGAAUCCGCACUGUAACUAAAAUUCUUACCUGAAAACUAGCGGCAACCCCUACACUGCCGUUCGUUCCACUCGUGACCCUCAAAACCGUCUUCCAAACCAUCGCACCAAGCCAAAGGGCAGCAUCACGACGGUCUUCGCUUAAAAGGUUUUUGAAGGACUUUGAGAGGACAUUUGCCAUGGCCGUUUGGCAGCUUUCGUUAGGUGGGGAAGCGAGGGUAUCGAGGACAAGAUUGAGAACGGAUUCAAAUGUGUUUGGUUUCUCUUGACGGGCUAGGGGCGGUUGUUCGGUAGCGAGUAAGGCGAUGAUGAUAGCAAAGAAGUCUAUAGCGCUCAAGUGGAGCUUUUGACCUUCCUCCGUAUCUGCGAACCGGUCAAUAAAAGUCAGUUUUUUUGCAUCCUUAGCAUCUCGCGCCCGAAGAUUCAUCUUUUAGAAACACUCACUGUCGGCUGAAAACCCU